AUGGAAAAUCACGAUGUGCCAUUUGCUAUUGAGGAAACAUUUGGAGAACUGCUUACCACUGAUUUCUUGGACAGAGAAACUGUAGCCUUUUACACUCUGACAGUGAUUGGCAUGGAUAUGCAUCCCACACAACCGCUGUCAAGCUCUGUACUUGUUACUGUCCUGGUUGGUGAUAUCAAUGAUCACUGGCCUCAGUUUCUGGACAGUCCCUUUGUGGCUUAUGUGCCCACAGAGUUUCCUCCAGGCUCAGUUGUUUGUGCAGUGAGAGCAAUCGAUGGAGACACCGACAUGAAUGCAGAGCUGCAUUACUCUCUGUAUGGACAAAGUUCAGACCUGUUUUCGAUUGAUCCGAACAGCGGCACUGUAUUCACUUCAAGCCUACUGCAGAGCACAGAUGAUUUUGUCAUCAAUGUGUAUGUAGAAGAUGCUGGAGAAAACCCAAAAUUUGACAUCACUACGAUCAGUAUCAGGUUUCACAACAUUUCAGACUUCCCAGAGAUGAAUGUGGAUGUUCUGAGUUAUUCUCUCUUUGAGGACGAGCCAGUGGGAACAGUAGUAGCUGUUAUUUCUGCGUCAAGCAUCAGAGCUGAACCUGUCUCUUUUUAUCUUGCUUCUGGAAACUUUGAAGAGAUGUUCCAUCUAGACCAAUUAGGUGGAGCACUGACAGUUGAGAACCCACUGGAUUAUGAAAGCAAAAAGGAAUUUUCUUUGUUGAUAGAAGCCAGAGACUCUGCAGAGAUUGCUGUUCCCUAUGACCUGUUGGUGGGAACUGAAGUGGCCAUGUUUACUGCAACAGAUCUAGAUGUCAAUAGCAGUGAUUAUAUUGAGUAUAGCAUCAGUGGAGGAACAGACAUAGUUGAGACGUUGGUCAAUAUUAAUGUGAUUGAGACUAAUGAUGCACCCUUGUUCACCUCCACAUGGUACGAGGCAGAUGUUAAAGAAGACACACCAACUGGGACAUCUGUGUUAACUGUAAGUGCUUUGGACCAGGACUCUGUAUUGGAUUGGAAUCAAUUCAUCUUUAGGAUUGUAGACGGAAACAUAAACUCCUCUUUCUCCAUCGAUCCACUUAAUGGCAUUGUGUUAGUAAACUCUGAUCUUGACAGGGAACGCUGGCCAGUUUACAAUCUCACUGUAACAGCCACUGAUCAUGGUUCUCCCCCCGCCACUGGGACAACAAAUGUCAUUGUGAAUAUACUUGAUAUUAAUGACAAUGCCCCUCAACUUGUGACAAACAAGAUUCAAGUGAAGGAAAAUCAACCCGAAGGAGCCAUAGUUGCCAGAUUAAAUGCAUUUGAUUUUGAUUUACCUCCAAAUCAAGGUCCUUUUACUUUUUGGCUGUCGAAUUUGUCAACAGAAAGUGCUUUUUUUCUCACUCCAGAUGGAGUUUUACUCACCAGACGUGUUGUUGAUCGGGAGCAUGUCUCUGAAUAUCGAUUACUGGUGGUGGUAAAAGAUGCAGGGUUUCCUCUAUCACUGUCUUCAACAACAACACUCCACAUUACGGUGGAAGAUGAAAACGAUAACCCACCAUUACCACGAAACAUCUUUAUUGAGGUGAAAUAUUUUGGCAGUUCUUUUAAUGGUGGCAUGAUUGGUAAUGUGCAUCCUGAGGAUCAUGAUGAGUCUGAUGCAUUCCUGUGUUCCAUUAUAAGUGGCCCGAUUAACAUGUUCAUGAUACCCAAUGGUACAUGUGAGCUAUGGUCAUCUCCUUUUCAAGGCGAAGCCACAUUCAAUGUCACAGUCGAAGCUACAGAUCAAGUUCAUUUUCCUGUAAAUAACAGUAUCUAUGUGAACUACAAAGGUUUUACAAAUGCAUCUGUGGAUAGUUGUAUAUUUUUCUACGUGGCCUCACAUUCAAUGGAAAUCUUCUUGACUAAUAGGUAUUUGCGGUUUGUGAAAGCCUUGGAUAGUCUGUUUAACCUGCAGGCCUCAAAGACUCAUGUUUUUGGAAUCAAACAUAUUGGCAUGGAGAUACUACUACUUGCUGCAGUGAAAAACUACAAUGGACAAUAUCUAAGCAGAGAGGUAGCGAGUAGUAUAUCUGUUGGACAUAAGAAGUUACUGGAGUCCCAAAGCAAUAUGACAAUUUCUCACAUCACCAGUGAUCCAUGCCUCAUGAGCCCCUGUCAGAAUGGGGCCACAUGCAACAAAAACAUUUACAUCAGCCAGGAGGUUGCUGUCCUGGAAAGCAUGGCUGUCAUCUUUGUGUCGCCACGGAAAGAGAUUUUUAAUUGUACCUGUUCGGUCGGGUUCAGUGGUUCACUCUGUGAAGAUGACAUUGAUGAAUGCGAGGCGAAUCCUUGUCAGAACAACAGUACAUGUGAAAACACCGCAGGAAGUUUCCGCUGUCACUGUCUGAGUGGCUUCUCUGGCUCAGUCUGCUCAGCUGAUGUGGAUGAGUGCCUGAAGGUGAAAUGCCAAAAUGGUGGGACAUGCAUUCAGUCACAGGAGGGAUACCACUGCCAGUGUGCGCCUGGAUUUGAUGGAGAAAGGUGUGAACAGCUCAAAGAUCACUGCAGAUCUACACCAUGUUUUCAGGGAAGCUGCAUUAACCUGCAAACAGGAUUCCUCUGUAUCUGUCCUUUUGGAGUCAGUGGUGUCCAUUGUGAGGAAAUCAGUUAUGGCUUUGAAGAAAUGUCCUUUGUGGAGUUUCCCCCACUGGAUCGCAGGACUAAUUUAAUUUAUUUUGAGUUUGCGACAGUGCAGAGGGACUCCCUACUCCUGUACAAUUUAGGAAUAUUAUCCAGGAGGGAAUUUUUUGCACUGGAGAUACUUGACAGCAGAGUACAGCUCUCUUAUGACCUUGGCUCCGGACCUGUAAAGUUGCAGACCCAUAAGCAAGUUGCAGAUGGACAUUUUCACAGCGUUACUGUCAGAAGAAUUGGCAAUUUGGGGACUUUGCUUGUGGACAACUGCACAGAUGUUGUGAACAAUGGAUUUUGUUUUUCAGAGUUUGAUGGCACUAUUUCAGAAAGGACUCUUGACGUUGGAAACACAAAUAUGACAUUUGGUGGACUGAGAAGUCUGGAAGUAAUAUUGCAACAUCCAAGUCAUAUAAAAACACAUGACUUUGUUGGGUGCAUUCGAAAUAUUCAGAUUAAUGGCAUCUUGCUGAGACCUUCUUCUGGCCUUGCAACAUAUAAUGUUUUCAACAGGUGUCCUCGAACAGCAUUGUCAGGAUGCAACAGCUCCCCAUGCAAGAAUGGGGGAGUGUGCCAUGACCUUUGGUCUGAAUAUGUUUGUGAGUGCAAAAAUCCCUUUAGAGGAAGAAACUGUGAUACAGAAAUAUCUGAAGAACUUGUAUUGCACUUCAAGGGGACUGAUUACAUUGAGUAUGUCAUUAAGGAGAGAUUUAAAAGAGAUCUUCUGCUUCAAGAACUGAAGGAUGGUGCAAAACAGGAAAACACAAAAGUCCAAACUCUCAUUACUGUCAAGUUCAAAACAAAAGAAGAUGGAACCCUGCUCUUUGUUCUAGGAAAAGGACAUAUUGUGUUGAUGGUAAGAGACGGACAACCUGUGUACUCUUCUACUGAUCUGUUAGGACAUAUGUCAGAGUUUACAGUGGAGCUGUUAGUUGCUGAUGGUCUUUGGCACAUCCUGUCCUUAUUGACCAAUGAGCGUAACAAUUCACUGUAUGUUGAUGACAAAAUGGUCUUGAACAUUACCCAACAAAACAUGGACUUAAGACUUUUUAGUUUGGAAAAGAUUAUUCUUGGGGCUGCCCCACCAAGACAAAGAACGUUCCAACAGUCAGGAUUUAGCGGAUGUGUGGAGUAUCUGAACGUGAGUGGUCAUACUCUGCCUGUCAGUGGACACAGUUUAAUGGUGGAGGUAUGGCCGAGCUCGACUCUCCCACAGUCCAGCUGCAGCUCUUCAGGUGUCUGCCUCUUCUCACCAUGCAGUGAAGACACCGCCUAUUUGAGAACAUGUCUUUCAGACUGCCAGAACCGGAGGCCGUGCAGACCUGCAAUACAGGACAGGCCAUGCAUGUGUCUGCAGAAUGUCUCCAAUCAUUUUUGUGACAUCUGCAUUUCCACUGUCAACGACGAGUGCUCAGAGAAACAGUACAACAGGCCUUUUUGGAUCAUAGCGGUGGUUCUCCCUCUGAUCUCCAUCCUGGUGAUUGUAUGUAUGUUUGUAGUUCUGUACAGACUGAAACAGCAGGAUUCAGUUGUUAAAAAUGAGAACCUUACACAUGAAACUGAGCAAGAAACUGAAAACACAACAAUUUGUUUCAAUGGCAAUCAGGUGUCUAAAGCUGAACUUUCAACCUCAAAAGGGAAACGUUUUGAUCGAAUAAGUCCAUGUCAGUCAAAUGAGAAGCUUAAUAGUUAUGGGCAGCUGAUGCUUCCAAGUGAGCUGGAGUAUUACAAGAUCGGCAGCAUCUGUAGUGCAUUUAAUUCUGACAACAACUCACCAAGACUCAGCUGGCACAAACAUUUUUGUAGUACAAAACGUCUUAAAAAUGAUUCAAACCAGUGGGGGGAUCUGAGGAGGUUGCUAGGUAAUUUAAAGAAUGACAAUCCUGGUGAACAGAAAUGCCCUCCAAAGCAUCAAAAUAUUUCCUCAUUUCACAAACAGUCAUUGUGUCAGCCUGAUGCAGAGCAGCAGAGGCAGAAUAUGUCCUGUUGUACAAAAGAAUUCCCACAGCCAGAGCUCCUGGAGCCAACACAGCCACUUAGUUUUGAAGAAAUUAGCAAACUGAACAAUCCUCUUGAGCCAGUUUUUUCACAUCAAGCGCUUUUAAAGCCUGGGCCCCUAGAGUCCACUAUGACAACAGAGACCUCAUCUGACUGUGAAACAGACAGCACGUUUACUUGCUCUGAGUCUGACAAUGACCACUUUAACAUCAUUACUGGCAAAAAAUGUAGGGAUGAGCAGCCAUGCCCAUCAGAGUGCAGAAUAAGCCAGGAUGUCUUUAAACUAACGUCCGUCUCCACUUUAAGUCAGGAUAUUUCCAAGACGGAUUCCUUUACUAUGUUCGAACAAUGGGAAAAAAAUGUAAAUGUGCCCCUGACUUUCGGAAGCUACGCUGCAGUGUUUGAGGACAUUGCAGCCAUGCCCAUAGACUUCAGUCUUUGCAGUGAUAUACUAAGUGAUGAGGAAGAAAUUAUUUGAAAGGUCAGAGCAGAUGAAGUAGUUGAUAUCUGAUUCACUACUUGCAGAAAAUAAUUUUCUACUGUAUUUAACUCUCUAGGACAAAGUUGUCUUUCUGGACAAUCACAAAUAAGUUUUUUCUUUUUGUAAUCUGCAUCUUCCAAGCUUCUGUUUAGCUGAGUUCUGUCUUGAGAUGCAUACUGUUGUUUUGUGAAGUGUUGUUACACAGGUCUAGUGUCAGAAAAUUAAGCUGAUUUUGUGAAAUAUAAACUCCUUCCACCUCUUUCAUCUUUUGCUGUUAUUGCAUUCCCAUUCUGAACAAUGCAUUAAGAUAUGUAAUCCAGUGUUCAGCUAUAUCAAAAUGGGUUAUAUAAUUCUUUCUUGCUUUAUACAUGCAGUCUGAAUGUAUUUUUUCCUAUAUUUAGGGAUCAUCUGUCUGUGACAGAAAACUUGACACUCGAUUAGUGCCCCCCUACCAAAUUAUUCAAGAUCACAUUCAGAUUUUAGGUUUUCUGCAUUCCAAGGGGAAUGAGUCUUUAUCAGCUCAGACAAGUUGUUUGGACUGUGCUGCAUGAUAUUCAGUGAUGUUCUUGUGUAAUUAUUGUGACACUUGAGUAGCAACUGUAUAGAGAUUUGUGUGUGGUAUACACAAUGAGGUGAUGCUGCUCAAUACAAUAAAGC